AUGGCUGCCACAGGCCCUGUUUGUGAAGUUGAGGGUAGAAUCCAGGAACAGGAGGAAGAAAAGAAGGAGAAAGAGGAAGAGGUGGCAGCGGUGGGUGCGUUCCCCGGCGGGCAAGCUCAGGACUCGCCCAGGGCUUCUCAGCCUCUGUGGAGAAAGGUCCAGAAUGAGGUCCCCGCGGAGGCCCAUCUCGGGGUGCACCCCCUGCAGAACAGAUGGGCUCUGUGGUUCUUUACGAAUGAACGCAGCCGGGCCUGGCAGGACAAUCUGCAUCUCGUCACCAAGGUUGACACCGUGGAGGACUUCUGGGCGAUGUACAGUCACAUCCAGCUGGCCAGCAAGCUCUCCUCCGGCUGUGACUACGCCCUGUUCAAGCUGCUGUGUUUGAUCGAGGAGAGCUUUGAGGAGCACAGCAGAGAGGUGUGCGGGGCCCUGCUCAACGUCCGCACCAAAGGAGACAAGAUUGCCGUGUGGACCAGGGAGGCCGAGAACCAGGCGGGCGUGAUGCACAUCGGGUGGAUAUACAAAGAGCGCCUGGGCCUCUCCACCAAGACCGUAAUCUGCUACCAGGCCCACACCGACAAAGCCACCAAGAGCAACUCCCUAGCCAAGAACAAGUUUGUGGUGUGA